CGGCGAGCGAGGAAGCGCCUCAGUCAGAGACAGAAAGUGCCGGGGUGGUGGGGCUGCGGCUGCUCCGCCCGAAACUUCUGAGUAACAUCAACAGGGGGAGGGGAGGGCGGGCGGCGGUGGAGGAAGGUGGUGUGGGGGGAAGGCUAGCAGCAGCGCAGCCCUAUCCGCCUCUCCCUUCAUAAACCAGCCUGUGUCGGGCUGAGCAGGCCCCUCACACAAAGGAGGGCAGGGCAGGCAGGGCUGCCCCCCCUUCCCCCCCGCCUCGGCAGAGGGGCAGCGGGGACGCGCCCUUCCCUGUGCACAGCACUCACAGCCACUUACUCCUCUCCUGUCCCCCGUCUUCUCUUUCCCUCUCCUUCCCACCCCCCCCGCGGUUCUCCCCUCAGCCCCCCGCCCGCUGUCCAUGUAGCCGCCCGGCCGCCGGCCCCUCCGCACUAUGCCCAUCUUACUCUUCCUGAUAGACACGUCCGCCUCCAUGAACCAGCGCACCCAUCUGGGCACCACCUAUCUGGACAUAGCCAAAGGCGCUGUAGAGACUUUCAUGAAGCUCCGAGCCCGGGACCCGGCCAGCCGGGGAGACAGGUACAUGCUGGUCACUUUCGAGGAGCCUCCCUACGCUAUCAAGGCUGGCUGGAAGGAAAACCAUGCAACGUUUAUGAAUGAACUGAAAAACCUUCAAGCUGAAGGACUCACAACUCUUGGCCAGUCCCUAAGGACAGCUUUUGAUUUAUUAAACUUAAAUAGAUUAGUAACUGGCAUAGACAACUAUGGGCAGGGACGAAACCCCUUUUUUCUGGAGCCAGCAAUAAUUAUAACAGUUACUGAUGGAAGUAAAUUAACUACUACUAGCGGGAUACAGGAAGAGCUCCAUUUACCCCUCAAUUCCCCUCUACCUGGAAGUGAGUUGACUAAGGAACCCUUUCGAUGGGAUCAGAGGUUAUUUGCUUUGGUUCUCCGUUUGCCUGGUAUUACAGCACCAGAAUCAGAGCAGAUGACAGGGGUACCGGUGGAUGACUCUGCAAUCACACCUAUGUGUGAAGUCACAGGAGGUCGAUCAUACUGUGUGUGCUCCCCAAGAAUGCUGAAUCAGUGUCUUGAGUCAUUGGUGCAAAAAGUGCAAAGUGGAGUGGUAAUAAAUUUUGAAAAAGCUGGACCAGAUCCCUCACCAAUUGAUGAUGGGCAGGUGGAUAUAUCUAGACCCUUUGGACCCCAACCUUGGCACAGCUGUCACAAACUUAUUUAUGUCAGACCCAACCCUAAAACUGGGGUUCCUAUAGGUCAUUGGCCUGUUCCUGAAUCCUUUUGGCCAGAUCAAAAUUCUCCAACGCUGCCACCUCGCACAUCUCAUCCUGUGGUGAAAUUUUCCUGUACUGACUGUGAGCCGAUGGUAAUUGACAAACUGCCUUUUGAUAAAUACGAGUUAGAACCUUCACCACUGACCCAGUUUAUCUUGGAAAGAAAAUCCCCUCAGACCUGCUGGCAGGUAUAUGUGAGCAAUAGUGCAAAAUACAGUGAACUUGGUCAUCCUUUUGGGUACUUGAAAGCUAGUACAGCGCUGAACUGUGUGAAUUUAUUUGUGAUGCCUUACAAUUAUCCAGUCCUCCUUCCACUGCUAGAUGACUUGUUUAAAGUACACAAGGCAAAGCCUACAUUGAAAUGGCGACAGUCAUUUGAAAGCUAUUUGAAGACAAUGCCUCCAUAUUAUCUUGGGCCUUUGAAGAAAGCUGUGAGAAUGAUGGGAGCACCAAACCUUAUAGCUGACAAUGUGGAAUACGGACUUAGUUACAGUGUCAUUUCCUAUCUCAAAAAGUUGAGUCAGCAGGCCAAAAUAGAGUCCGAUAGAGUCAUUGGCUCUGUAGGCAAAAAGGUAGCGCAAGAGACUGGAAUUAAGGUCAGAAGCAGAUCACACAACCUGUCUAUGGCACAUAGGAACGAUUUUCAACAUCUGCUACAGGGGAUUACUGGGGAAAUUCCUCAUAGACCUCUAGACCUCAAUAUGAAGGAGUAUGCUGGGUUCCAAAUAGCUUUGCUGAAUAAGGAUGUGAAACCUCAGACUUUUAGAAAUGCUUAUGACAUACCCAGAAGAAAUCUUUUGGAUCAGUUAACACGAAUGAGAUCUAAUUUACUGAAGAGUACUCGCAAGUUCCUCAAAGGACAAGAUGAAGACCAAGUUCACAGUGUACCUAUAGCACAAAUGGGAAACUACCAGGAAUAUCUAAAACAAGUACCUUCUCCACUCCGAGAACUUGAUCCUGAUCAACCACGAAGGCUUCAUACAUUUGGCAAUCCAUUCAAAUUGGACAAAAAGGGAAUGAUGAUAGAUGAAGCAGAUGAGUUUGUAUCAGGGCCUCAAAAUAAACAUAAAAGACCUGGAGAACCAAAUAUGCAAGGGAUUCCGAAACGACGACGCUGUAUGUCACCCCUGCUCAGAAGUCGACCACAAACUCCUCCAGUUGUGAAUAAUCACAUUGGAGGAAAAGGGCCACCAACACCAAUCACACAAGCACAGCCUGACCUUGUUAAACCUAUUCCUGUUCACAAAACAUCAGAAACAAAUAAUGAGGUUACAAUAGAUGAUGUGGUUGAGAAUCAUGUUACAGAUACACUUUCAUCAGAUGUUUUCCCAAAUACUAUGGAUUCAGAGUUUUCAACGUCCUCUUCUUUGUUCAAUUCAUUGGAUCGACCAGCAGCUCAUACAGAGGAUGUAGGCCAUGAACAUUUAGGGAAUAACAUGAAUGUUGAUGGGUUUCUGGAGAAUCAUGAGGAAUCGGGUAGUAAAGAACAAAGUACUGAAGAGAACUUGCCAAUGUCUUCACCCAGCAAAGGGAAAAAGCCAGUGCAUUGCAGAAGUUCCAGAGAGAUUAAUAUAGAGCUAAGAGCACAAAUCAUGAAAGAAAUCCGAAAACCAGGAAGGAAAUAUGAAAGAAUCUUCUUUUUACUAAAGCAUGUACAAGGAAGCUUACAAACCCGACUGAUAUUUUUACAAAAUGUUAUUAAAGAAGCUUCAAGGAAAUCUGCUCUCUACCCUGUAAUGGCCAUUCCUUCACCAGUACCAUCUUCACUUAACUUUGUUAAAUGCACCAUGAAGGCAUGUAAAUAAUCCCUAAAAAUUCUUGCCAGCUUUAAGUUUAUAGUUCUUUUGGCAUAUGUUUUAUUUCUGUACUUCAGAACUUCUAGAAACAGCAAACACUUGACUCUCUUUUUCCUGGCUUUCUGAGGGCUGAGUGAUGUUCAGAAAUAUGAUAGAAUAGACUGUAGUAAGCAUAGUUUUGUAUUAAAUGGAAAAGCAAGUUAGGAGCUUACCAGAACUUCAAGAGAGAACAUAUAUACUUACAAUGAGAUAUAUAUCACCUCAGCAUGCACAGGACCUAAAAUUACAACUGAAGUUUCCAGGGUUCACUAGAAGCUUUGUGAAUGAUGUUUCAUUUGUUACUGUGUGCUGCAUCUAUUAUUACGCUUUCUUUUAAAUACAGGUUUAAAAAACGAAUGCUGAUAGAACAGCUUGAGAGUUUUCUGGAAGAAAUCCAUCGCAGAUCCAAUCAGGUCAACCAUAUCAACAGCACCUAAGAAAAACUGCACAUGAGAGAAAGCCACAGCAGGGCUCUGCUGUCCUUACUUGCAUUCAUUUUUGACAUGCGCUUUUAUCUCAAGGUCUUGUAUCUGAAAGAAUGAGAAGCUGCUCUAUAAAAUAAGAAAAGUAUCCAUCAUCUUUUUUUCUUCACUUCUGUUAUUUUUGUAAUGUGAAAAAUACUACAAAAACAUUCUUAUUUAACUAAAUGGAGGACUUCUUGCUUGUCAUGGACUUAAGUGUCACUUUCCCUCAGGUUCUAUUUUUCUUAAUCCAACCUUCAAAACUAUCACCUCUUAAGGUCGAACUUUGCCAAAAAGUUGCUUUGUAAUUUUCAAAAAAAAAAAAGAAAAAAAAAGCACAUACAUUAAACAAGGUAAUGUUUUGUAUAUACAGUUAUUUUGGAUAUAUUAUUGUAAGUUGUAUAAAUGUAUUUUGAGAAAUAUUUAAGAAAAGCACUUUUGUUAUGCCAUCAAUAAAAUCUCUAUUUUAAUCUUUGUGUA